UGAACUUAAGCGGUUUCUCUCCAUAUCAUUAAGUAUCUCAAAUGCGCACACUGUGGACUUUUACACGCGUGAUGUUUGGAGCACGUUUAUGUGUGUGAAUCCAGAGAAAGUGUUGUGUGCUUGUCAGUUCCACACAAGACCGCAUGAGAGCGAUAGAAAAGAAGGAAAACAUUACGUUUGGUUUCUGCAAUGCCUCGAAGAAGUUGGUGGACAUAUCAGCCCUGCUGAGGGCAGCGAAAGCCCACUGUUUACAAGGUCUGGGGGUCUGUAUGCAGCUGGAAGAUCUGAUACAGAAUCUGAGACUGAUGAGUGGAGACACUACAGCAGGACAGUCAUCAGAUAAAGCAGUAACACCGGAUGAGUUUAUGAACUGUAAGAAGGCCCAUGAGGUGCAGGCAAUGUCUGAGGUUGUGGCUAGUUUGGCCAAAUAUUGCCGAGUCAAACAGGUGAUAGACGUGGGUUCAGGGAAAGGCUACCUGUGCUCAUAUCUGUCCAUGCGGUUCAACCUGCAAGUGUUCGGGAUCGACUCCUCCAGCACCAACACACAUGGAGCUCAGGAGAGGAACAGGAAACUGAAGAAGUUCUCCAAAGCUUAUCAGAAACCAAACAAAGCCACUAGGAAGCAAACUUUGGACAGCGAGGAUGAGAGUAUACAACACAGCAGAAACUUUGAAAACAGUGAUGUCAUCAGAAACUUUAUAACUGAGAAAAAAGGAAAUCUUUGAGGCUCGAGCGGAUAGCAGUGCUUUAUCAAAACAAGUCACCAAUGAUUUAUCUGCUUCAGAUAAUGCUGGAGAAUGUCCAUUAGACCUGAAUGAUUCAGAUUCAGGAAGCA